CGCGCUCGGGGAGUUCACGUCGGUGCUGAAGUUGCGGAGCCCCAUGCUCCCGUCCCUCUCUGCGUUUCCCCUCUUUCCAAUGUGAUGGUUGAGUCCGGCUCCGCUCGCUGCUCACGGACCGUCUCUUUUCUCCCCUCUCUCCCGCUCCCCUCCGACACAUUUGUGCCGCUCCUCUCUGGAUCGAGGAAGCCUGUGUUCCGGGGGUUCGAGCUCCAGAGCCUCUCCCCGCGUCUGCUCUCCGCAGUGAGCCUCUUCCUCGAUGCUAUGAGCGCAAAUCCAGGCGAAUCGCGGCACCGCGGGCGUCCCGUCUUUUGGCCAAAGCUGGAUCUCUAUGCAUUUUUCUGAUCGCUGACAAUUUUGAGAAGAAAAAAACAAAAAAAAGAAAAAAAAAAAAAAAAAAAAAAAAAAAAAAAGAAAAAACCCCAAGACACCCCGUGGGCUGCGUGGAAUAUCAGCCUUCCUGACUGCGAUGGGGAAAUUUAAACACGUCCUGCUUAUUGUCGUAUGUCUGAUAAGCGCAGCUGACGGUCAAGCUUGCGGUGGCUUGGUACAAGGAAUGAAUGGGACGAUUGAAAGCCCAGGGUUCCCCCAUGGAUACCCCAACUAUGCCAACUGCACGUGGAUCAUUGUCACUGGGGAGAGGAACAGGAUACAACUGUCGUUUCACACAUUCGCGCUGGAGGAGGACUUUGACAUCGUCUCUAUCUACGAUGGACAACCCCAGCCGGGCAACCUGAAAAUGAGAUUGUCUGGAUUUAUGUUGCCAUCUCCUAUCGUGAGCACGGGUUCCAUCCUGGCCCUGUGGUUCACCACUGAUUUUGCAGUAAGUGCUCAAGGAUUCAAGGCAAUUUAUGAAGUUCUUCCCAGCCACACAUGUGGGAAUCCAGGGUUGAUACCAAAAGGGGUCAUCCAUGGGUCACGGUACAACAUUGGUGACAAGAUCCGCUACAGUUGUGUCACGGGAUACGUGCUCGAGGGCCAUGCAGUGCUCACGUGUAUCGUGAGCCCGGGGACCGGAGCAUCCUGGGAUUUCCCUGCCCCGUUUUGCAGAGCGGAAGGGGCCUGUGGCGGCACCCUGAGAGGGACAACUGGGACCAUCACAAGUCCCCACUUCCCCUCAGAGUACGAGAACAAUGCAGAGUGCACAUGGAGCAUCCUGGCUGAGCCAGGGGACACCAUAGCAUUGGUGUUCACUGACUUCCAGCUCGAGGACAGAUACGAUUUCCUGGAGAUCAGCGGCACUGAAGCCCCAUCGAUAUGGCUAACAGGCAUGAACCUGCCCUCUCCAGUCAUCAGCAGCAAGAACUGGCUCCGGCUACACUUCACAUCCGACAGCAACCAUCGACGCAAGGGCUUCAGCGCCCAGUACCAGGUGAAAAAGGCCAUUGAGCUGAAGUCCAGAGGGGUUAAAAUGCUUCCAAAUAAAGACACUAACCACAAAAAUGCUGUCCUAAGUCAAGGAGGCCUGGCAGCAGAUGUUUGUCCAGAUCCCGGCAUUCCAGAAAACGGGAAAAGGAUUGGCUCCGACUUCCAGGUGGGUGCCAGCAUCCAGUUCUCUUGUGACGACAGCUACGUGCUCCAGGGUUCGAAGAGCAUCACUUGCCAGAGAGUGACAGAGACGCUGGCGGCAUGGAGCGAUCACCGGCCCAUCUGCCGCACGAGAACAUGCGGCUCUAAUUUAAGAGGACCAAGGGGUGUAAUCACGUCUCCAAAUUACCCAGUCCAGUACGAAAACAAUGCCCACUGUGUGUGGGUAAUAACUGCAGCAGACCCCAGCAAGGUGAUAAAGCUCUCUUUCGAGGAGUUUGACCUUGAGAGGGGGUAUGACACCCUGACUGUUGGGGAUGGUGGGAAGGUUGGAGACACAAGAAGAGUGCUUUAUGUCUUGACAGGCUCCAGUGUUCCUGACUUGAUUGUGAGCAUGAGCAACCAGAUGUGGCUUCACCUCCAGUCGGAUGACACCAUCGGCUCGCAAGGGUUCAAAGCUAUCUAUGAAGAGAUUAACAAAGGGGGAUGCGGUGACCCCGGCAUCCCAGCCUACGGCAAGAGGAUGGGAAGUCAUUUCUUACAUGGAGAUGUCCUUACUUUCGAGUGUCAGGCGGCCUUCGAGUUAGUGGGAGAGAGGACCAUCUCCUGCCAACAGAAUAACCAGUGGUCUGGAAACAAACCCAGCUGUGUCUUCUCCUGUUUCUUCAACUUCACGGCCCCAUCCGGGAUCAUCCUGUCUCCAAACUACCCGGACGAGUAUGGGAACAAUAUGAACUGCGUGUGGUUAAUCAUCGCUGAGCCAGGCAGCCGCAUCCAUCUCAUCUUCAGUGACUUUGACGUGGAGCCCCAGUUUGAUUACCUGACAGUAAAGGAUGACGGGAUGCCAGAGCCCACCACUUUUGGGACAUUCUCUGGCAAGGACGUACCCUCACAGAUCGCCAGCAAUGGGCACAUCAUGCGCCUCGAGUUCCAAUCUGACCACUCCAACACGGGCAGGGGAUUCAACAUCACCUAUACAACAUUUGGCCACAAUGAGUGCCACGACCCAGGAAUCCCCAUCAAUGGCCAGCGCUUUGGAGAUCACUUCCUGCUGGGAAGCUCCGUGUCAUUCGCAUGUGAUGAGGGUUUCAUCAAGACACAUGGCUCGGAGUCCAUAACCUGCGUUAUCCAGGAUGGCAGCGUGGUGUGGAAUGCAGCUGUCCCACGUUGCGAAGCUCCUUGUGGUGGACAUUUAACAGCUUCGAAUGGCAUUCUGCUCUCCCCGGGCUGGCCGGGGUACUACAAAGACUCUCUGAACUGCGAAUGGGUGAUCGAAGCACAGAAGGACCAUGCCAUAAAGAUAUCUUUUGACAGAUUUCAGACAGAGGUUAACUAUGACACACUGGAGAUCCGUGAUGGCCCGGCCAGCUCUUCUCCACUGAUUGGGGAGUACCACGGGACACAGGCGCCCCAUUUCCUCAUUAGCACCAGUAAUUACAUGUACCUGCUAUUCACUACGGACAACAGCCGCUCAAGCGUGGGCUUCCAAAUCCGCUAUGAGAGCAUUAUGAUGGAUAGUGAUUCCUGCCUGGACCCAGGCAUUCCCGUCAAUGGGAAGCGGCUCCAAAAUACCUUCUCCAUCGGUUCCCGAGUGACAUUCAGCUGUGAUCAAGGAUACACACUGAGUGAUGAGGAGCCCAUUGUGUGUGAGAAGAACCAUCAGUGGAGCCAUGCGUUACCUAGCUGCGAUGCUUUGUGCGGCGGCUACAUCUAUGGAAAGUCUGGAACCAUCCUGUCACCUGGCUUUCCUGACUUCUACCCAAAUUCACUGAACUGCACGUGGACUUUGGAAGUGUCCCACGGGAAAGGUGUGCAGCUGUUCUUCCACACGUUCCACCUGGAGGACUCCCAUGACUACCUGCUCGUUGCCGAGGAUGGGAACUUUGCAGCCCCAGUUGCGCGGCUCACGGGUUCCGUGCUGCCUCCCUCCGUCAAGGCAGGCCUCUUCGGCAACUUCAGUGUGCAGCUGCGCUUCGUCUCCGACUUCUCCAUGUCGUACGAAGGCUUCAACAUUACCUUCACAGAGUACAGUCUGGAGCCUUGCGAAGACCCAGGCGUGCCUGCGUACAGCCGGCGGAUCGGCUUUCAGUUCGGUGUGGGGGACUCCCUGGUUUUCUCCUGCUUCCCGGGCUACCGACUGGAGGGCAACCACAAGAUCACCUGCCUGGGGGGCGGCCGCCGGGUGUGGAGUGCAGUGCUGCCAAGGUGUGUGGCUGAAUGCGGAGCGUCCUCUAUGGGGACUGAGGGGAUUCUGCUGUCUCCGAACUAUCCGGCCAACUAUGACAACAACCACGAGUGCAUUUACCGCAUCGAGACAGAGAGGGGAAAGGGCAUCCGUCUUCGGGCCACAGCCUUCCAGCUCCUGGAAGGGGACAACCUCAAGGUGUAUGAUGGGAUAGACAGUUUGUCUCGGCUUCUUGGGAAUUUCUCCAAGAACGAGAUGUACAAUAUUGUAGUCAACAGUACAUCCAACCACAUGAUGAUCGAGUUCAACAGCAAUGGGACGGGUACCAGCAAAGGAUUCAGACUUUCGUACAGCAGUUUCGAACUCGUAAAGUGCGAAGAACCAGGAACUCCCAAUUACGGUUACAAAAUUCGGGACGAUGGCCAUCUUGCAAACACCUUUGUGCUGUACAGCUGCAAUCCAGGAUAUACGCUGCACGGAAGCAGCACCUUGUCCUGCCUUGGUGGAGACCGCAGGGUGUGGGACCAACCCUUACCAUCAUGUGUCGCUGAGUGUGGAGGUCACAUCACCGGAGCCACAUCUGGAAGGAUCUUGUCGCCUGGAUACCCAGCACCCUAUGACAAUAACCUCCACUGCACCUGGUCAAUCGAGGCUGACACAGGCAAAACCAUCAGCCUCCACUUUAUCGUCUUUGACACGGAAGUGGGCCAUGACAUCCUGAAGGUGUGGGACGGCCCUACUGAGGGUGGCAUCCUGCUGAGGGAGUGGAGCGGCUCCUCCCUUCCCGAGGAUGUCCACAGCACCUUCAAUAUCCUCACGCUGCAGUUCGACAGUGACUACUUCAUCAGCAAAUCUGGCUUCUCCAUCCAGUUCUCAACCACAACAGCAACAACCUGUAACGACCCUGGGACCCCGCAGAAUGGCACACGGUAUGGGGACAGCCGGGAGCCUGGGGACACCAUCACAUUCCAGUGCGACCCCGGUUACCAGGUACAGGGUGAGGCCAAGAUCACCUGCGUGCAGCUCAACAACAGGUUCUUCUGGCAGCCGGACCCCCCCUCCUGCAUUGCUACCUGCGGUGGCAACCUGACAGGCCCUGCUGGGGUAAUCCUAUCACCCAACUACCCUCAGCCGUACCCACCAGGAAAGGAGUGCGACUGGAGGAUAAAAGUCAAUCCCGACUUUGUGAUCGCCCUCAUUUUUAAAAGUUUCAACAUGGAGCCCAGUUAUGACUUCCUGCAUGUAUACGAGGGUGAGGACUCCAACGGGCCCCUGAUCGUCAGCCUGCAGGGGAACCAGGCCCCCGAGCGCAUCGAAAGCAGUGGGAACAGCCUCUUCCUUGCCUUCCGUAGUGAUGCCUCCCUGGGGAUGUCUGGCUUUGCCAUUGAGUACAAAGAAAAGCCACGAGAAGCAUGCUUCGAUCCGGGAAACAUAAUGAACGGAACGCGUCUUGGAACAGACUUCAAACUGGGCUCUACAGCGACGUAUCGCUGCGAUUCUGGAUACACGGCCGUCGGCCCGGCUACCAUCACUUGCAUUAUCGGAGACGAUGGAAAGCCAGCGUGGGACAAGAGUCUGCCCACAUGUAAAGCACCUUGCGGAGGGCAGUACAGUGGACUGGAAGGAGUCGUGCUGUCUCCCAAUUACCCCCAUAACUACACUGCCGGGCAGACCUGCUCUUAUUCCAUCACGGUCUCCAAGGAAUUUGUGGUCUUUGGGCAAUUUGCCUACUUUCAGACAGCAAUGAACGACUCGGUAGAGCUGUUCGAUGGGCCAAAUGAGAACGCCAGGUUGCUCAGCUCCCUUGCUGGGUCUCAUUCAGGAGAGACGUUGCCAUUAGCCACCUCAAACCAGAUCAUGUUAAGGUUCAGCGCUAAGAACGGUCCAACGGCCAAAGGGUUCCACUUCGUCUACCAAGCUGUUCCACGCACCAGUGACACACAAUGCAGCUCUGUACCCGAGCCAAGGUAUGGGAGGCGGAUUGGUUCCGAGUUCUCUGCUGGUUCCAUCGUUCGAUUCGAGUGCAACCCCGGCUACCUUCUCCAGGGUUCAAAGGCUAUAAAGUGUCACGCAGUCCCCAAUGCGCUGGCCCAGUGGAAUGACAGUAUACCCAUCUGUAUCGUGCCCUGCAGCGGGAAUCUGACGGAGAGGCGGGGUACCAUCCUCUCCCCCGGCUUCCCCGAGCCCUAUGGGAACAGCUUGAACUGCGUGUGGAGGAUCUCCGUCACCGAGGGAGCCGGGAUUCAGAUCCAAGUGAUGAGCUUUGCCACCGAGCACAACUGGGACUCCUUGGAAAUCUAUGAUGGUGGAGACAUGACAGCCCCAAAGCUGGGAAGCUUUUCUGGCACCACGGCACCAGCCCUGUUGAACAGCACCUCGAACCAGCUUUACCUACACUUCCACACAGAUAUCAGUGUUGUCGCCGCAGGGUUCCACCUUGAGUACAAAACCGUGGGCCUCACGACAUGCCCGGAGCCUGUGGUGCCUGCCAAUGGAAUAAAGACUGGCGACAGGUACAUGGUGAACGAAGUGGUGUCCUUCAGCUGUGAGCCGGGCUAUGUGCUGCAGGGCCACUCUCAUAUAUCGUGCAUGCCAGGAACUGUCCGACGUUGGAACUAUCCCCCUCCACUCUGCAUCGCUCAAUGCGGCGGAACUCUCUACGACCUGAGCAAUGUCAUUCUGAGUCCUGGCUUCCCUGGUAACUACCCCGGAAACCUGGACUGCACCUGGAGGAUUCUGCUGCCGGUUGGAUAUGGAGCUCAUGUGCAGUUCCUGAACUUCUCCACCGAGGACAAUCAUGACUUCUUGGAGGUGCGGAAUGGGCCACAGCACACCAGCUCCUUGAUCGGUCAGUUCAGCGGAAGCCAGCUGCCCCCACCGCUGCUCAGCACGACCCAUGAAACGGUCAUCCACUUCUAUAGCGAUCAUUCAGAGAACAGACCGGGGUUUAAGCUCACGUACCAAGCAUAUGAGUUGCAGAAUUGCCAGGACCCUUCUCCAUUCCCUAAUGGAUAUAUAAUUAAUAAUGCCUAUGGGGCGGGGCAAUCCAUAACCUUCGAGUGCUUCCCAGGGUACAUUCUGGUGGGCCACCCUGUGCUCACAUGUCAGCAUGGAAUCAACAGAAAGUGGAACUAUCCUUUUCCUCGGUGUGAAGCCCCUUGUGGCUACAAUGUAACAGCACAGAAUGGGACAAUCUACUCUCCGGAGUACCCCAAUGAGUACCCCAACUCGCAGGACUGUAUCUGGCUCAUCACUGUACCUCAGGGACAUGGGGUUUACAUCAACUUCACCCUCCUCCAGACCGAACCUGUUACCGACUAUAUUGCAGUGUGGGAUGGCCCCGAGCAACACUACCCUCAGCUUGGCAUUUUCAGUGGUAACACAGCUCUGGAGUCAGCGUACAGCUCCUUCAAUCAGGUCCUCAUCAAGUUCCACAGUGACUUCUCCACAAGUGGAUUCUUUGUGCUCAAUUUUCAUGCUUACCGCCUUAAAAAAUGCCCUCCGCCCCCAGUGGUUGAAGAGGCUGAGUUAGUUUCUGAAGAUCAAGAUUAUGAAAUAGGAGACACUGUGAGGUACCGCUGCUUUCCUGGCUUCACACUGGUGGGAAAUGAAGAGCUCACAUGCAAGCUGAACUCCCACCUGCAGUUUGAAAACCCUCCUCCAUCCUGCGAAGCCCAUUGUCCAGCAAACGAAGAGAGAACAGCAUCUGCAGGGGUCAUCCUCAGUCCAGGCUACCCAAAAAACUACCCAAACUCUCAGACCUGCUCCUGGGUAAUCCGAGUUCGGCCUCCUUACACCAUCUCCAUCUACGUCGAGAUGUUUCAGAGUGAAAAGCAAUUUGAUGAACUGGAGAUCUUUGAUGGUCCUUCUGGCCAGAGUCCAUUGCUGGUCGCCCUCAGUGGCAACCACUCUACACAACUGAAUUUCACAAGCAAAACCAAUCAGCUCUACCUCAGAUGGUCAACAGACCACGCUACCAACAAGAGAGGGUUCAAAAUACGCUAUACGGCUGCAUACUGUAGCAUAAACAGUCCACCUACAAAUGGUGGAAUUCUCAAUAGGACAGGAGAUCGGCCAGGAAGCAAAUUGCAGUACUUCUGCAAUCCAGGAUACAGGCUCGUGGGGCAGAGCAAUGCAACAUGCCAACUGCAACCCAACGGACUGUAUCUUUGGGAUGUUCCACUCCCGCUUUGUCAAGCUAUAUCCUGUGGAAUUCCAGAAGCUCCUGGUAAUGGCUCCUUCCAUGGAUUCCAGUACACAGUGAAUAGCAAAGUUCAGUUCAAGUGCAACGAGGGGUACAGGAUGGAGCCUGGCCACUCGGUCACGGCCACGUGCCAAGAAGAUGGGACAUGGAGCAACUCGGCACAACCACCGAGAUGUUUACCAAUGCAGUGCCCCAGCAUUGAGACCGUGCUUUCUGAGCACAUGGUGUGGCGCCUACUCUCCGGCUCACUGAAUGAGUUCGGAGCCCAGGUGAUGCUAAGCUGCUCACCCGGCUUCUACCUGGGGGGUCGCAGGAUCAUCAAGUGCUUAGCUAAUGGCACCUGGAGUGGCCUGGAGGAGAAGUCCACCUGCAAGAUUAUUUCAUGCGGAGACCUGCCCUCCCCCCCAAACGGCAAUAAGAUCGGCACCCUGACCACUUUCGGAGCCACUGCCAUUUUCACAUGCAACACUGGCUACACGCUGGCUGGCUCCCAUGUGAGGGAGUGUGGGUCCAAUGGCCUGUGGAGCGGUGUUGAGACAAAAUGUCUAGCUGGACACUGUGGCUCUCCUGAUCCUAUUACGAACGGCCAUAUCAGCGGAGAUGGGUUCAGUUACCGUGACACGGUUGUGUACCAGUGCAACCUGGGCUUCCGUCUGAUUGGCACUUCGGUUCGGAUUUGCCAGCAGGACCACAAGUGGUCGGGGCACGCCCCUGUCUGCGUUCCCAUCACAUGUGGUCACCCUGGCAACCCUGCACACGGCCGAACCAACGGCAGCGAGUUCAACCUCAACGACGUGGUCAACUUCACGUGUAAUGUGGGCUACCUGCUGCACGGUGCCUCCAGGGCCCAGUGUCGUGCUAAUGGUCACUGGAGCAACCCCCUCCCAGUGUGCAGGGUGGUAAACUGCUCGGAUCCAGGCUUUGUGGAGAACGCCAUCCGUCACUCGCAGCAGCACCACCACGAGAGCUUCAGCUACAGCACCAGCGUGAUGUAUCACUGCAAGAGGGGCUUCUAUCUGCUUGGUUCAUCGGUCCUCACCUGCCAGUCAAAUGGCUUGUGGGACAGAUCACUUCCUAAGUGCCUUUCUAUUUCCUGCGGAGACCCUGGCACUCCGCCGAAUGCUGUGAUGUCGGGGAAGAAGUUCAUCAACGGGGCUGUGGUCUAUUACUCCUGCAGCCAGGGCCGGGCGCUCAUUGGGAACGCCACGCGCCAGUGCCAGGAGGACGGUCGCUGGAGCGGUUCACCCCCCUAUUGCUCAGGCAACAGCCCUGGUUUCUGUGGAGACCCUGGUAUCCCCCCACACGGCUCCAGACUGGGCGAGGAGUUCAAGCUGAAGAGCCUCCUGAGGUUCACCUGUGAGGCCGGCUAUACGCUUAUCGGGUCAGCUGAGCGCACCUGCCUCCUCAACGGUUCCUGGAGUGGGAUGCAGCCGGUGUGCGAAGCUGUUUCCUGUGGGAACCCCGGUACACCAGCCUUCAGCAAGAUCGUGUUCAGCGAUGGAAUCCUCUUCUCCAGUUCGGUGACAUAUGCCUGCUGGGAGGGAUACAAGACCUCGGGCCUCACCACCCGCCACUGCACCACAAAUGGCACAUGGACUGGGACCUCCCCUGACUGCACAGUGAUCAGCUGUGGAGAUCCAGGCCCCAUUGCCAACGGGAUUUAUACUGGAAAAGAAUUCACAUUCAACAAGACAGUGCACUACCACUGCAACCCAGGAUACAUCAUGGACUACACCAUCAGGUCCUCCACUCUGCUCUGCACAAAGGAUGGAAGCUGGAACCAGACCAAGCCAAGCUGCAGAGUGAUCAUGUGCAGUCAGCCCCCAGGCAUCCGCCAUGGGAAGGUAGAGGGCUCGGACCACCAGUGGGGCUCCAGCAUCACCUACAGCUGCUUCGAGGGCUACCAGCUGUCCCUGCCCGGUGUGGUCACAUGCGAGGGCAAUGGCACAUGGCGUGGCGACAUCCCACAGUGCCUACCUGUACUGUGUGGAGACCCCGGCACACCAGCAGAGGGAUAUGUAGAAGGGAAACAGUUCACCUACAGGUCAGAGGUCACCUUUCACUGCAGGUCUUCAUAUCUCCUGGUGGGGUCAUCGAGGAGAACAUGCCAAGCAGACGGGACCUGGAGUGGCAUCCAACCCUCCUGUAUAGAUCCUGCAUAUAAUGCAUGCAGAGAUCCAGGGACCCCUGCAUUUGGAAUACCUAUACAAGCUCAAGGAUUUGAGGUUGGGAGUAAAAUCUUCUUUAAAUGUAGAAAAAACUACCAUAUACUAGGAUCUACAACGAGAACAUGCCUUGAGAACUUAACAUGGAGUGGUGUACAACCAGAAUGCAUACCCCACGCUUGUAGGCAGCUGGAGACACCCUCCCAUGUUGAUGUGAAAGCCAUAGACCUUCCAACUUUGGGCUACACGCUCAUGUACACGUGCCAGGCCGGCUUUUUUCUGGCGGGUGGCUCAGAGCACAGGACUUGCAAGUCAGAUGGGAAAUGGUCUGGAAAACCACCCAUCUGCAAAGUUGGUCCAAAAAUAAAUGACAAAGCAAAAGGAUCAGAUUCAGAUCUGCACAAAAACAAGAUCAGAGUUCCAGCAGACGUGUUUUCCUUAAAUUCUGCUUGGACCGGCUUCUAUGAGUACCUGGGGAAAAGGCAGCCGGCCACUAUAACUGUCAAUGGGUUCAAUGUAACCACCAGUAAAGUCAAUGUCACACUCCUGGAGCACAGUGGCGUGCAAAUUAGGCUGUCAGGGACAUAUAAAAAAGAAGAAAACCAUUUACUUCUCAAAGUUUACAACGUGAAGGGCCCCAUGGAACUUUAUUUCAGUAAAUUUAAAAAUGACAACUGGGCAAUGGAUGGAUUUGUGACUGCAGAAUCUGACAAGAAUAGCUAUAUGUAUCAGGGCUAUAUUCACAGCAAGGAUUUUGGAAAAUUCCAGUUAAAAAGACAAGGUCUUAUUACAACAGACAUGGAUCCUUCAAAUCCAUAUUAUGGCACCAACAGCAGUUCCGUGGCGGCAGCCAUUUUGGUGCCAUUCUUUGCCCUGAUUCUGUCGGGGUUUGCUUUUUACCUCUACAAACACAGGGUACUUUCACAAGACACAGAUGAGAAUGAGAGACCCAAAGACGUAAUAAGGGCCGGCUGCAGGUCAAGACCAAAAGUACAGUACAAUGGCUACGCAGGUCACGAGAAUACCAAUGGACAGGCUUCAUUUGAAAACCCCAUGUAUGACACAAACAUGAAACCGACGGAGGCAAAGGCUGUUCGGUUUGACACGACCCUGAACACAGUCUGUACUGUCGUAUAGCCCCUGCCAUCUGCAUUUGACUGGUCCACAGCCAUACCUCCUGGGUAAGCAGUAAUGUCCUUGGUGCCAUAUGCCAAUUCCUCCUUGACUCCUCUCUUUGCUACUACAGUGCAUUGACUUCAUAAAAACCCCCUUGGUGGA